GUGCGCGAGGCCCUUUGAAAGCGCGCGGCGUUUGAAGGUAACGGCGGUUACCGAGCCAUAGUGCUACUGCCGGGUGCGGCUGGGUGCUGCUGCGGAGUCGCUGCCGGACUGCUUCCGGGGACCGGGUUAAGACAGCUUUGGUCAGCCUCGUCGCUUCGGCCCUUUUACCCGAGGGUGCGACUGUGGACUUUGAGAGAUUGUUAUAAUGGAAGGAAUCAAUAAUGUCAAGACGCCAAACAAAUUAUCUGAAAAGAGGAGAUCUGACUCAGGCUACUCCCAAAGGUUUGAUUUUUUCUCAUUUUCUGGAAGUGAAGAAACUGGUCUUGAAUAUGGGCCUUGACAUCAAGAAAGACGAUUGCCAGCAGUUGCUCCGUACCCUCUUCACAAUGGAAGAGCGAGAGCGCAUCCUCAGUGAGGCCAGGAAGAAUGUCCUCGGAGAGAAUGGAAGGCCCACUACCCUCCAGCCCGCCAUCGAAGAGGCGUUCCCGCUCACAUGCCCGAAUUGGGAUUUCGGGACUACAGAAGUAUUGUGUUCAACUCCAUGUGUAAACAUCCCUGCCUCUCCAUUUAUGCAGAAGCUUGGCUUCGGGACUGGGGUCAGUGUUUACCUAAUGAAAAGAUCUCCACGAGGUUUGUCUCGUUCUCCUUGGGCUGUGAAAAAGAUAAAUCCUCUGUGUAACGAUCAGUAUCGAACUGUCUAUCAGAAGAGACUAACUGAUGAAGCUGAGAUUUUAAAAAACCUUAGUCACCCAAACAUUAUAGGUUAUCGUGCUUUUACUGAAGCCAGUGAUGGUAGUCUGUGCCUAGCUAUGGAGUAUGGAGGUGAGAAGUCUCUGAAUGACUUUAUAGAAGAGCAAAACAGGGACACUGGGAAGCCUUUUCCUGCAGCUCUGAUUCUAAAAGUCGCUCUGAACAUGGCAAGAGGAUUAAAGUAUCUGCAUCAAGAAAAGAAGCUGCUUCAUGGAGACAUAAAGUCUUCAAAUGUUGUUAUUAAAGGUGAUUUUGAGACAAUUAAAAUCUGUGAUGUAGGAGUCUCCCUGUCACUGGAUGAAAACAUGACUGUGACUGAUCCUGAGGCCUGUUAUAUUGGUACUGAGCCAUGGAAACCCAAGGAAGCUUUGGAGGAAAAUGGCAUCAUUACUGACAAGGCAGAUAUAUUUGCCUUUGGCCUUACUCUGUGGGAAAUGAUGACUUUAUGUAUUCCACACAUCAAUCUUAUAGAUGAUAAUGCUGAUGAAGACUCAACUUUUGAUGAGAGUGACUUUGAUGAUGAAGCAUAUUAUGCAGCUCUGGGGACCAGGCCAUCUAUUAAUAUGGAAGAACUGGAUGAAACAUACCAGAAAGUCAUUGAACUCUUCUCUGUGUGCACUAAUGAAGAGCCCAAAGAUCGCCCUUCUGCUGCACAGGUUGUUGAAGCGUUGGAACUAGAUGUACAGUGAUGGUGCUUGGUGUUUGUGAUGGUCUCAGCAUGAGGUGUAGCUGUGUGACUGUUUACUCAGAUGCAUUUAUAGUUACCAUGACCUGCAGUUACUAGACUCAGAAAUGACUUAUUUUAGAACCACUAUACAUAGUUAAUAUUUGAAUAAAUCUUUGACAUAGGUUACUAUUUCAUAUAUCAUAAGCACUUGAUAUUGUACUGGAUUUUCUGUAAAGUUUAAAAAAAAUUAGAGUAUGUUGCUCAUACGGAUUUAGAAACACUAGCAGUCAAAUGCUAUAACCUGUGUCUUUAACAUUAAUUUAAAUUUUGGGACCAUUAUUUGUAUAGAAUCUUUUCAGAGGUUCUCUUCUGUAGUAGUUAUUAAAAUUUGCACUUUAUACAGUACAAAUUUAGUCGGCAUUUGCUCAAAAAAUGUCAAAUCUUCAGCUGGUCUAUCUUGGCUGAUGUGUUUAUUAAAUGUUCACUGGAAUUUGCAAGUAUGAUUUGAAACAGUAGCUCCCAGGGUGUUUUCAGACCUGGUUAUAGCUUGUCUUGCUGCCUUGGAUCCCUCCAUGUCUUCAGUAUUUAAUUUAUUGAAUAUAUUUCCUGUACUAAGAUUAUUAGUUUUAUUUGCCAACUGUAUCCUAAGCAUUUCAAGGAAGUGACAUAAGAAUAAAUAAUAUACAAUAAAGGGCAAUUUUGGU